AUGGCAGGCGGAUUUGGCGCUGCAACCGGAGGCACGGAAUUUGAAGCAAAGAUCACACCCCUUGUGAUCAUUUCUUGUAUAAUGGCAGCUAGCGGAGGCCUAAUGUUUGGUUAUGAUAUCGGAAUUUCAGGGGGUGUUACAUCAAUGCCAGACUUUUUGAAGGAGUUCUUCCCACAUGUUUACAGAAAUCAACAAAACCCAGGACUUACUGGAAAUUACUGUAAAUAUGAUAAUCAAGGGUUACAGAUGUUCACAUCUUCACUGUACCUGGCUGCUUUGAUAGCAACAUUCUUUGCAUCGUACACAACGAAAGCACUAGGUCGAAAGAUGACCAUGUUGAUAGCCGGAAUUUUAUUUUUAGCUGGAACAGCUUUCAAUGCUGCAGCUAUCAACCUUGCCAUGCUCAUUAUCGGGAGGCUCUUACUUGGUUGUGGAGUUGGUUUUGCUAACCAGGCGAUUCCACUAUUUCUAUCGGAAGUUGCACCCACAAGAAUUCGUGGGGCACUUAACAUACUCUUCCAGCUUAAUAUCACCAUUGGCAUUCUGGUUGCAAAUCUUAUCAACUAUGGAACAUCCAAAAUUACAGAAGGUUAUGGCUGGAGAAUAUCACUGGGUUUAGCUGGGGUCCCGGCACUUCUCCUAACCGUGGGGUCUCUUAUUGUAGUAGACACUCCUCACAGUUUGAUCGAACGAGGUAAGUUGGAACAAGGAAAAGCAGUUCUUAGAAGAAUUCGCGGUGUCAACAAUGUUGAACCAGAAUACUUGGAGAUUGUUGAGGCAAAUCGUGCAGCAUUCGAAAUCAAAAACCCCUUCCAAAAUCUCUUAAAGCGUAGGAACAGACCUACUUUGGUCAUUGCAAUGAUGAUGCAGAUCUUUCAACAAUUUACCGGAAUUAAUGCGAUCAUGUUCUACGCUCCAGUUUUGUUCCAGACUUUGGGAUUUAAGAGUGAUGCUUCACUUUACUCAUCAGUUAUAACAGGACUUGUCAACGUUCUCUCAACCGUUGUAUCAGUUGUGCUUGUCGAUAGAGCUGGUCGCCGGAUGCUAUUGAUCGAAGCUGGGAUUCAAAUGUUCCUCUCUCAAAUGGGAGUUGCCGUAAUUAUGGGACUUAAAGUUAAGGAUUUUACUAACAACCUAGGACACGGCUUGGGAAUUCUAGUGUUGAUUUUGGUUUGUAGUUUUGUGGCGUCUUUUGCAUGGUCUUGGGGUCCUCUAGGGUGGUUGAUCCCCAGUGAGACAUUCGCUGUUGAAGCUCGCUCGGCUGGCCAAAGUAUAGCUGUUUUUACCAACAUGCUCUUCACAUUUGUUAUAGCGCAAGCCUUCCUUUCAAUGCUUUGCCACAUGAAGGCUGGGAUAUUCGUUUUCUUCUCUGCUUGGGUUCUUGUCAUGACACUUUUUACGAUCUUCUUGAUUCCUGAGACCAAGAAUAUUCCCAUUGAUGAGAUGAAUGACAGAGUGUGGAAGCAACACUGGUACUGGAAGAGAUUCAUGGAUGACACUGAAGAUGUGGGCAAGGGUCAAGUUUAA